CAUGCCGCAGUUGAUACUGUGACAGUCUCAGUGACAGGUCGUUGAUAACCCGCAUCUCUUGCGCGCGUGACAGUUGAGUGCCGCGUUCUAUGCGAAUACGCCGUGGGUCAGCGCGGGCGCCGCACAAAGCCAGUUCUACUGCAACCUCCGACUCGCCUGUAUGACUCGUUAACCGAACAAUCCAGUGUUUAUAUUGUGCAUGUUGACUUAAACUAUUUACAAUGGAUAAACAGGACCCCAUCAAAGAAAACGGGGCCAAUGUGCAAGAAAAACCUCCUCCUCAGACUGAUUUGAUACAACGGAUAAUAGGCUCAUUCGGCAGAUAUCAACUGUUUCUAUGCCUCCUUAUAUUUUUAACGAAGUUUCCCGUCGCAUUCCACCAAAUGGCGAUAUUGUUCCUGGCUCCAAAAGUCAGCUACACAUGCGCAGACACCGGCGGAGAGGCUACGUGUCCGUGCCCCAAUCCAGAAUAUGACACGUCCAUGUUCAACCAGAGCAUAAUAAUGAAGUGGGACUUGAUAUGUGAAAGGAAAUGGUUGACUAGUUUUACACAGACGCUGUUUCAAUUGGGCACGCUGCUGGGCAGCGUACUGUUUGGAAUGGCAUCCGACAGAUUCGGGAGAAAGUAUCCCUUGCUGGUGGCAAUCGUGAUACAAGUGACCAUGGGAAUAGCAGCGGCAUUUGUCCCCGGCUACUGGGAGUUCACGUUUCUUCGAUUUUUAGUGGGCAUGUCCGUCGGAGGUACCAUGGUUACUGGAUUCGUCAUAGUUAUGGAAUUCGUGGGCACCCAGUAUCGUGACGUUAUAUCGGCAUUGUAUCAAGUACCCUUCAAUAUGGGGCAUAUGCUGUUACCCGUGUUCGGGUAUUUCUUCAGGGAUUAUUCAAACUUCCAACUCGCCAUCUCGAUACCAACAAUAAUACUGUUAUCGUAUUUCUGCCUUGUACCCGAAACACCACGCUGGUUGAUAGCAGUUAAGAGAACUGAAGAGGCUGUCAAAAUUUUAGAAUCUGUUGCAAAAGUAAAUAAACGUCCAACAGAAGCUAUUCGAACUGACAUUGAAAAAUACCAAGCUGCACUUCAAAACACGCAGCUUAAAAAGGGGAACAUUUUAGACCUCUUUCGAACUCCGAACAUACGAAAAAAUAUUUUAGCCAUGGCGUUUAAUUGGCUAACGUGCAGCUAUUGCUUCUACGGCGUGUCGCAGUACGUAGGACAACUCAGUGGGAACGUCUUCACCAACGUCGCCGCCAGUGCCAGCGUGACUCUCCUCGGCUCGCUCUGUUCCAUACCGCUUAUGAAAGUUAUGGGAAGAAAGACCAUUAUCAUCAUCUUUAAUUUCAUUUGCGCGUUUUGCCUCCUCAUUCUGACUGUGAUUCCAGAAGGGCCGGGUACAGUAGUCUGUGCAAGUGUAGGAGUAGUUUCUAGUUUUAUAGUUUUCGUUGUGGUGUACUUGUACUGCACGGAACUGUUUCCGACAGUGGUGCGGAAUGCUGCGCUGGGUUUUUCUUCGAUGAUGGCGCGCGUGGGGUCUAUGAUCGCCCCGUUCGUGAUCGAGUCGAGCAGCCGCGGCCGGUGGGUGCCGCCCGUGCUGUUUGCCAUCUUGCCCCUCGUAGCAGGCUUCGUAGCUUUCUUACUUCCUGAAACCAAAGGCUGUGAAUUAAUGGUGACCAUAGAAGAAGGUGAACAAUUUGGAAAAAAACCGGAUAGAAGAAAUUAGAUAGGUACUUUGUCCUUUUCUCAUUAGAUUAACUUUUGUCGCUUUUAAGUCAUAUAAUUAAAUAAGAUAAUCGUAAUAUUGUUACCUAGCUGUAAAUAAAUUAUAUAAUUGUACAGAAAAAA